CUGGCCGGCAUCACACAAAAUGAACGCGCCGAACGUUCCGCAUCCUUCAGCCCUUGUGGCUAAGACAAAAAAGACAUUUAUUGGUCUACCAGCGCCCCUUGGAUAUGUAGCAGGUGUAGGAAGAGGAGCGACAGGAUUCACCACUCGGUCUGAUAUUGGUCCAGCUAGGCAGGCAACUGAUGUCUCGGACGAGCGGCACGCGGCUCCCGCCAAGCGCCGGAAGAAAGACGACGAGGAAGACGAGACAGAUCUCAACGAGUCCAACUAUGACGAGUUUACCGGCUACGGCGGCUCGCUGUUCAACAAGGACCCGUACGACAAAGACGACGAGGAGGCCGAUGCCAUCUACGACGCCGUCGACGAGCGCAUGGACGAGAAACGCAAGGAGUACAGGGAGAAGAAACUCAAGGAGGAGCUGGAGCGGUACCGCGCCGAGCGGCCCAAGAUCCAGCAGCAGUUCUCCGACCUGAAGCGCGACCUGGUGCAGGUCUCAAAGGACGACUGGGACAACCUGCCCGAGGUGGGCGACGCGCGCAACCGCAAACAGCGCAACCCGCGCGCCGAGAAGUUCACCCCGCUGCCCGACUCUGUGCUGGGCCGCAGCCUGGGCGGCGAGACGGUGCACAGCAUCGACGCCAGCAGCGGGCUGGCCAGCAUGCUGCCGGGCACGGCCAGCACGGCGCCCGGCAUGGUCACGCCCUCGGGCGACCUGGACCUGCGCAAGAUCGGCCAGGCGCGCAACACGCUGAUGAACGUGAAGCUGAACCAGGUGUCUGACUCGGUGUCGGGCCAGACGGUGGUCGACCCCAAGGGCUACCUCACAGACCUGCAGAGCAUGAUACCCAACUUCUCUUCAGACAUCAACGACAUCAAGAAGGCGCGCCUGCUGAUGAAGUCUGUCCGCGAGACGAACCCGCAGCACCCGCCAGCCUGGAUCGCCUCGGCGCGCCUGGAGGAGGUCACCGGAAAACUGCAGAACGCCAGGAACCUCAUCAUGAAGGGCUGCGAGGCGUGUCCGAACGCGGAGGACGUGUGGCUGGAGGCGGCGCGCCUGCAGCCGCCGGAGACGGCCAAGGGCGUGGUGGCACAGGCGGUCAGGCAGCUGCCCAACUCGGUGCGGCUCUGGCUCAAGGCGGCCGACCUCGAGCUCGAGCUCAAGGGCAAGCGGCGCGUGUUCCGCAAGGCGCUCGAGCUGCAGCCCAACUCUGUCCGCCUCUGGAAGGCAGCCGUCGAGCUGGAGGAGCGAGAGGACGCGCGCAUCCUGCUCUCGCGCGCCGUCGAGUGCUGCCCCACCGCUGUCGAACUGUGGCUGGCCCUCGCCCGGCUGGAGACGUACGAGAACGCGCGCAAAGUGCUCAACAAGGCGCGCGAAAACGUGCCGACCGACCGUCAGAUCUGGCUGUGCGCCGCCAAACUGGAGGAGGCCAACGACAACGCGGCCAUGGUGAGCCGCAUUGUGGAGCGGGCGCUCUCCUCGCUGUCGGCCAACGGCGUCGAGAUCAACCGCGAGUUCUGGCUGAAGGACGCGGUUCAGUGCGAGCGCUCCGGCUCGGUGCUGACCUGCCAGGCCGUCAUCACGGCCGUCAUCGGCUACGGGGUCGACGAGGAGGACCGCAAGAGCCAGUGGAUGGAGGACGCCGAGCUGUGCGCCGCCCAGGGCGCCGUCGAGUGCGCGCGCGCCAUCUACGCCCACGCGCUGGCCGCCUACCCGAGCAAAAAGUCCAUCUGGCUGGCGGCGGCCUACUUCGAGAAGUCGCACGGCACCCGGGAGAGCCUGGAGUCGCUGCUGCAGCAGGCCGUCUCACACUGUCCCCGCGCUGAGGUGCUCUGGCUGAUGGGAGCCAAGUCCAAAUGGCUGGCGAAUGACGUUCCGGCGGCGCGCUCGAUCCUGUCGAUGGCGUUCCAGGCCAACCCCAACUCUGAGGAGAUCUGGCUAGCCGCCGUCAAACUCGAGUCAGAGAACAACGAGUACGAACGCGCCCGAAAGCUGCUCCAGGCGCGCUCCAGCGCACCCACGCCCAG